CACGCGUCCCGGCUCAACAAACUGAAACUAAUCCGGACCAGACGGAACCUGAGCCGGACUCGGCAAGCGCCCUUCGUCCGGCAGCCGCUGAAGGGGCCCUUGUGGCUAUCCAGUCACCAUGAUCUCCACCCAGCUUGAUGGUGAUAUUUUGAAGCCAGCGUUCAUGGAGCAGUUGACGUAUCUAAAAGAAAGAAGCAAGUGCAUAGAAGACAAACAAAAAUGUGACCAUCUGGCUACCUGUUUGCGCCUGUCCUCCAAAUUUGGUGAAACCCAACACUCAAGACCCAAAGAUAAAACUCCAAGGCCCAAGACCGCAAUGGCAGCAUUAGGAGUUAACAUGUGGGACCCAUAUGAAACCUCAAUGAAUCGUGACUACACGUAUAAGGAUUGCUCACCUACACAAGCUGUACGCCCCAAAACAUCUAAAGGUUACAGGAACCCGUAUCAUCUAUCAGAUCCUGUUGGCAUAAGCAUGUACAGUGAUGAUUUCUGUUGGAAACCAUUUUCCAAACCAGAAUUGAUCAGGACAGCAACAUCUUCAGGGAACAGAAACCACAAACCGAAUGCUGAUAAGGAUCCAACUUUUAUUACUUGGCGGCUUCCUCGAGGAGAACAAAAGGUUUUGUUUGACAGAUGUUCAUCAACCAUUAAACCACCAUCAGCUGAAGAAAUCCAAAGGGCUCUGAAAGCCCAAUACUGCUCUACAUAUAAAGGAGACUACUUAGGAAUACCACAAGGAUAUCAAAUUAAAUAUGCCAUAAAUGUCCCAUCAAACUGGAAAAAAGAAAUACCUCGACCACUUUGUACAGAAUCCAGAUUUAAUUAUCAGGUUCAACCAAGUGCUCCAGAACUUCGGGAUUUCACCCACAAGUAUGGAUGUUAUUCAAGUCGCCAUGUUCCUGCUAAAGGAGUUGUUCCUACUGUAGUGUUUUCUCAUAUUCGUAACCAAGAGAAUAAGAAGCAGUUGACCACCUACCAGAGGCAUUUUGGGAAAGAAUAUAUUAACUUCUCUGCUCUAAUGAAUUCUUUUACUCCAGAAGAACUAAAAUGUUAUCUGAAAAGUAUGCCAAUGGAAGAAAGAAGAUCGCUGGAGCAGUUUAUUAAAGCCCACAGUGGUGUUUCCAAUCUAGAAUCAAAGUCAUGCCUGAAGAAAGUCUAAGAAGAUGACAAGUUUCAUGUUUGAUCUACAUCUUAAAAAUAUGCUCAAUUAGUACUUCCUGUUGGGUUCAAAUUACCUGUGUGUGUGUGUGCGUUCCAACAGUUCUACUUCUGAAAGGCCUUGGUUUAAGUUUUCAUUUUCGGCUACCUCAAUUAUUUUGUAUACUGCCUUUGACCGAUAACACGCUGUAGUUUGGUAGUGAUUUAAAGUAUUUCAACGCUAGUUCCUUGCGGGAACAGGGACUACCGCUACUAGUCAUUUAAAGGCAGUCUAAUAAAAUGUGUUUUUUGAAACCAAA